AUGUCUGUAGCUACUGAAUCUAAGCCUUCUGUUAGGAAGAAUGAUUCUGCCGGUGUUCGUGUUGUUGAUAAUGCGAUGAGAAAGGAGGAAAUUGUUACUGCUACUGGAGGAACGAUCAAUCCCUCUGUACAGGGAUCUACUGGGGAAUCUGACCAAGGGCCUACCAGGGGAUCCAUCCGAAGUUCCGCCAAGGAAUAUACAUCGGAACUUCACAAGCGUGUUAACAUAGAUCACCUCGUAGUAGAGUUCCAGAAGAGGCUUGGCAAAAGCUGGGAUCAAUACCAGAUAGCGGUUUCGUUGUUCCUUGUUGGAAAGCUUUCAAGACUGGAAUUGAUGGAGAAGUUGAAUUCGAUUCUUGAUAAGACCACGGUCAGAUUUCACAAUCAGCUUUUACUUGCCAACUUGGCCAAUUGCCUAAGGGCAGAACCUUCUGAUGGUAUGUCAUCUGCCGGUUUCGGAAGUCAGUCUCAGCAGAACAAGAAGAGAAAGGCCGGUAGAUCAUCCCAGUAUGAGAUCCUCAAAAAGGAUAUCCUGUCUCUGUCAAUCAGAGAACGGAAAAGAUUGAAGAAUAUUACUAGAGAAUCAGGAAAGAAAGGUAUGACAAACAGUACCAUGGCUUUAACUAGACAGGCUAUGUUACCCAAGGUUCCGAUAAAAACUCCCAAGGGAGACGCUCCACGUACGAAAGAAAGUGUUGGUGCCACAGUAGUUCAGGCCAGCAAGUGGGCUCAGGAUGUGGCCAACGGCAUAAAGGCUCCUCUCUGCUCUGAUAGCUUUGAACUUCCUGAAAAGGACUCUCUACUAACGAGAAUGCUAGGCAUUGCUCGGGAACAUGGACUUCCUGGUAGUGUCGAUCCUAUGGCAGCACAAGUUCUAUCCGUUGGUCUUGAAUGCCAUCUUAAAAGCAUUAUCGAGACUGCUAUUGCUCGUGUUCGCAAGAGAAAAUUAGAAACGGCUAGUACAAAUCAUGUCUCCAAUAAACGUAAGCGCGUUACGCUGACGGCCGAGGAUUUGCACGACUCAAUGACCUUUGCACCUCAUCUAAUUGACAGCUAUGGCUCUAUAUAUUACAUGUCAGAUGUUCUGUUGAAGAAUGAUGAUGACGAGUCUAUUGUUCAACUUCAGAGACAGAAGCAGGAGAUGAAGGAAAGUAACGACGACGCAACAUCACCACCAACAAAAACAAAAACAAUAGCAUCUACAGCAUCUACAACCACAACAACAAUCACAACAACUGCACCACAGGAGCAUGAUAAUAACGAUUCUCACCAGGAUAUCAAGGAUGGGGAAGCUACAGAGAGGUCUGGAACCAAUAAUGUUACGGCGACAAAAAGACCGAUGAUGGUUCAUCCUAAGAAGCAUUCUCCUAUUAGUUAUCUCUUGAGGCCAAAGAGCCACGUCGAUGAAAAGCCCCAAAUACCGAAGCCCAAUCUGGCAUUGAGUGAUCCCGCUAUAGGAACACCCAAUGAACUUAACUGGCUUCUUAAUGACUUGUUAGCCGAGUAA